UUCCUUAUAAUCCAAAUGACAUGUUUUAAUUGGGUCAGAGAAAAAAGUAACUCACUGGAACUAAAAGCAGACAUCUGUGCUUUAAACCACUAUGAUAUACUAGCCUCUCAACCUGUUAUUGUUUUUCCAAUAGAUACAGAACAAUGGCAGUGACAACCAGCUUGACAUGGAAAGAGGAAAGGAGUCUGCAAAACCUGCUUGGAAACGUUUCCCUGGGACUUCUUUAUAAGUCUAGUGUCCAUGGAAAUAGCACUGAAAAGAUGCUUGAUAAGUGUGUUCAUCAGGGACCCACUAUAACAGUGAUUUACUUUCAUAACUAUAUUGUUGGGGCCUUCAUGCUUGGGCAUUUUCCUGUCAUGCACCAAGAUUUUAGAAAGCCAAGUGCUUCCUUCUAUUUUUCCUUUCAAAAGAAUGAAUCAACUAAAAUGACAAUUGCAUUUUUAAGUACAGCACUGAAAAUUACUGAUGAACGACUGACAUUUUAUUCCUCUGAUGAUGCGAUUUUCUGUGUAAUUCCAAGCAAGUCCAUACUUUCUAUACAUACUUUGUUAAGGAAAAAAUUAGAAUUAAAUUUAUCCUCUCGCUUGAUGUAUUCGGGAUGGGAAGUUUUUCGAGUUGAAGGAAUUAAGGAUGAUGCAGGCUACAUACGCAAGAUAACGAGAGCCACACAGCACAGAAAUGGGCUGCUAGCAGAGCUCAGAGCCUACAAACCCUGUGCAGACUUGGUUUCAGAAAUUCGUAUUCUCUUGCUGGGUCCAGUUGGGUCUGGAAAGUCCAGUUUUUUCAAUUCAGUGAAGUCUGUUUUCCAAGGCCACGUGACUCGCCAAGCCACAGUGGGGUCUGAUGGCACCAGCAUUACUGAACUGUACAGGAUAUAUUCUCUUAAAGAUGGAAAAGAUGGCAACUCUCUGCCAUUUGUGUUGUGUGAUUCCAUGGGGCUGGAUGAGGAAGAGGGGGUAGGAUUGUGCAUGGAUGACAUCCCCUACAUCUUAAAAGGCUGCGUACCAGACAGAUACCAGUUUAGUCCCCAUAAACCAAUUACACCCAGGCAUCCUGCUUUCAUCACCUCUCCAUCACUGAAGGACAGAAUUCACUGUGUGGCUUAUGUCUUAGAUAUCAACUCUGUCAACAAUCUCUCCUCUAAAAUGGUGGCGAAGUUCAAACAAAUUCACAAAGAAGUAUUAAACUUUGGUAUAGCAUAUGUAGCCUUGCUUACUAAAGUGAAUAAUUAUGAUGAAGUUCUUCAAGAUGACUUUUUAAACAUGAAUCAAUCUACAACUUCUCAAAGCCAGAUAAUGAAUGUCAACAAAAUGCUAAACAUUCCUAUUUCUAAUAUUUUGAUGGUUGAAAAUUAUGCUUCAGAGUGCAAGCUGAACCCAUUAAAGGACAUUCUGAUCCUCUCUAUGCUGAGGCAGAUGUUACGGGCUGCAGAUGACUUCUUAGAGGAUUUGCCUCUUGAGAAAACAGAAAGGAAGACUGAGAGAGAAUGGAAUGCUGGAGAGAAGAAAUGGAAAUAAAGGAGAGAAUGUUUCACUUAUCUCUGGAUGAAAAUACAAAUUUAAGUCAAUUAAAAAGAGCUAAUACUUCUUAAUAACUUACACUUUAUUUUGCGAGAAAAUACAGUUUCUUCCUCUAAUGAA